AUGGCAUCAAGCCACAGUUCUUCACCAGUGCCUCAGUCAAACAGCAGUGAUGCUUUCUUUAAAAAGGAAAUGGAUGCCACGAAACGCUUUCGACCUGUGCAGUCACUGCCUGAUGUGUGUCCCAAGGAACCUACAGGCGAUCCCAAUAAUUUAUGUGACAGCCCAUCUCUAGUUGUGGAUCAGCACAGAUGGACUAUUUAUCAUUCCAAAGUCAAUCUCCCAGCAGCGCUAAAUGAUCCUAGGUUAGCAAAAAGGGAAUCUGAUUUCUUUACAAAAACAUGGGGAGUGGACUUUGUGGACACUGAAGUCACGCCUUCAUUCUACCUCCCACAGAUCACCAAGGAACAUUUUGCAUUAUACCAACAGGAAAUCACUCCGAGAGAGAAGGUUCAUGAAAGAUGCAAGAAUAUUUGUACUCCUAAAGAUACCUUCGACAGGACUCUAUUACACACCCACGAUAAAUCCAGGACAGAUCUGGAACAAGUACCUAAGAUUUUUAUGAAACCAGAUUUUGCCUUGGAAGAUUCCUUAACAUUUAAUGCCGUUUUACCAUGGUCUCAUUUUAGUACUGCUGGUGGAAAAGGAAAUCGUGACGCAGCUUCCUCCAAGUUACUUCAAGAAAAGCUGAGCCAUUAUCUGGACAUUGUGGAAGUCAAUAUUGCUCAUCAGAUUUCUCUGCGCUCAGAAGCAUUUUUCCAUGCAAUGACCUCUCAGCAUGAGUUGCAGGACUACCUCAGGAAAACCUCCCAGGCUGUAAAAUUACUUAGAGAGAAAAUCUCCAAAAUUGAUAAAGUAAUGUGUGAAGGAUCGCUUCGAGUUUUAAGACUGUCACUCACCAGAAAUAACUGUAUAAAAGCAUACAAUAAACUGAAGUUAAUGGCUACUGUACACCAAACGCAGCCCACAGUACAGUUGCUGCUAUCUACUUCUGAGUUUGUUGGAGCUUUGGACUUAAUAGCAACAACACAGGAGGUGUUACAGCAAGAGCUUCAAGGCAUUCACAGUUUCCGGCAUCUUGGCUCACAGCUUUGUGAACUGGAAAAGCUGAUAGAUAAAAUGAUGAUUGCAGAGUUUUCAACUUAUGCUCGCAAUGAUUUAAAUAGACCCCUAGAAGAUGAUUGCCAAAUUCUAGAAGAGGAGAGACUUGUAUCACUGGUGUUUGGACUUUUAAAACAAAGAAAGCUAAACUUCUAUGAAAUAUACGGAGAUGAAAUGAUUAUUACUGCAAAGAACAUAAUUAAACAGUGUGUGGUUAAUACGGUAUCGCAGAUAGAAGAAAUAGAUACAGAAGUGGUUGUUAAGCUUGCAGACCAGAUGAGGAUGAUGAAUUUUCCUCAGUGGUUUGAUUUGCUGAAGAAUAUUUUUUCUAAGUUUACCAUCUUCCUCAAGAGAAUAAAGGCAACGUUAAAUACUAUCCGUAGCGUGGUUUUCUUGGUUCUAGACAAGAACCAAAAAACCAGAGACCUUGAGGACACCUUACAAAAGAACUCUGCUAAAGACAGUACAGUGGACACAGAAGUGGCUUACCUGACUCAUGAAGGCAUGUUUAUAAGUGAUGCGUUCAGCGAAGGGGACCUCCCGCCUGUAGCAGCUGACACUACCUCUCAAAGAAACACUUCCCCAAACAGUGAGCCCUGUAGCAGUGAUUCGGUCUCUGAACCAGAGUGCACUACCGAUUCCUCAUCCAGCAAAGAGCAAACAUCGUCUUCUGUUACUCCAGGGGGAGUAGAGAUGAUGAUCAGUGAUGACAUGAAGCUGACUGACCUGGAACUGGUCAGGCUGGCAAACAAUAUUCAAGAGCUAAUUUAUAAUGCCUCUGAUAUCUGCCAUGAUCGUUCAGUCAAGUUCCUCAUGGCAAGAGCAAAGGAUGGCUUCCUAGAGAAGCUGAAUUCCAACGAGUUUGUUGCUCUUUCUCGCUUGAUGGAAGGCUUUAUCUUAGAUACUGAGCAGAUCUGCGGCAGGAAAAGUAUGUCCUUGCGAGGAGCACUUCAGAGUCAAGCCAAUAGAUUUGUGAAUAGAUUCCAUGAGGAGAGGAAGACUAAACUAAGCCUACUUUUGGACAAUGAGCGCUGGAAGCAAGCUGAAGUUCCUGCCGAGUUUCAGGAUCUUGUCGAUUCGGUGUCAGAUGGCAGAAUUUCUCUCCCUGAAAAAAAACCAGCGGCUACUGAAGAAAGAAAGCCAACUGAAUUCCUUAUUGUUGAAGGACAAAAAUAUGCAACAGUUGGGACAGUAUUGCUGUUAAUAAGAAUAAUCCUUGAGUACUGCCAGUGUGUGGAUAACAUUCCUUCCAUCACCACUGACAUGCUUACCCGCCUGUCUGAUUUACUGAAGUAUUUCAACUCUAGAAGCUGCCAGCUAGUGCUUGGAGCUGGUGCGUUACAAGUUGUUGGUUUGAAAACGAUCACUACAAAAAACCUAGCCCUUUCUUCACGUUGCCUACAGCUAAUCGUACACUACAUUCCUAUUAUCAGGGCUCAUUUUGAAGCUCGACUGCAGCCGAAGCAGUUUAGCAUGCUCAGGCAUUUUGACCACAUUACGAAGGAUUAUCAUGACCACAUAGCUGAAAUUUCAGCAAAGCUCGUUGCCAUAAUGGAUAGCUUAUUUGACAAACUGUUAUCCAAGUAUGAAGUGAAAGCUCCUGUUCCUUCAGCAUGCUUCAGGAAUAUCUGCAAGCAAAUGGCGAAGAUGCAUGAAGCUAUAUAUGAUCUCCUUCCCGAGGAGCAAACUCAGAUGUUGUUUUUGAGAAUUAACGCAAGCUACAAACUUCACCUGAAGAGGCAGCUGGCCCACCUAAACGUAGUCAAUGACGGAGGACCUCUGAAUGGGCUGGUGACUUCAGACGUAGCUUUUUACACUGGAAACCUUCAAGCUCUGAAAGGCCUUAACGACUUAGACCUAAACAUGGCUGAAAUUUGGGAGCAGAAGAGGUGAUAAUCCACCGGGAGCAGUCGCCUGGCUCUGACAAGAGACCGACUUUCUUCUAAAGCAGCGUGAUGACUGUGAGGUGAAUAGUUAAGACUGGCGUGCGAGAAAGGACACUAUUGAUAGUCGGGGGAAGUAGACUCAGAGGGAGCUGCAGGGAGAGAUCUGUUCAGUGUCCUUCAGCAAGAACCAAGCGAUCAGCUGUCUGUGCAAUGGGGUUUCUUUUCAUU